GCCGUCAUGCGGCCAGACGAAGCGUGGGUUUCCCCGGCAAUGCUUGUGAACGGCACGACUUGUUCCUUUCUGCACCCGUAAAAUCAAGGGACGAUGACUUCCGAAAUUUGGUCUUGGCUGGCCUCCAUUUGUCUCAUUCUUACUCAAAGCACGGCAUCCUAUGCCAUCAAACCUUGUUCAGCCGACAGCUUCUACAACCGAGCGACCGAGUCGUGCGAGGAGUGUACCCAGUUCUGCCCGAUCGACACGGUCAGGACGCGGGAGUGUCUGCCGGACGCAGACAUCGUUUGCUCGCCGUCGAUGCCCACGCCACGGGCGGGCCCCUCGACCUGCGCCUCCGACUGGUUCCUGGACGUCACGACCGGGAGGUGCCGGGAAUGCACCAAACACUGCGACCCGCCGCUGGCCAUUGUGACUCCCUGCCGUCGGGACGCGGACGCGGUCUGCGAGGAGAGUUGGCCUCGCCGGACCACCCCUCUCUCGGCUCUUCCAUCGGAGAGAAUCACGGCCAAAGCAGCUGUGGCUGGCACAGGCCAACCGACAACGACAGCUUUGGCAAAGCCCACUCCAAGCCGCCCGGUGAGGCCACCCGAAUAUCCGACCCCCCAGAGCGAUUUCGUUGGUGAUGAGGCGACAGCCUUUCCCAGUUCAGUGGGCCCUCCUGAAACCUCUGCCACGGCACAGAGUGAGGCAGCACUGAUACGCACGAGUCCGGCCCCGGGCUCCACCGACGACAGCAUGAACCCCCCGGAUGAGCAAACGAACAACGACCAGAAUUUCUAUCUGUGGAUUGUCAUCGGCGUCCCGGUCGGUAUCGUUCUCUUGGUCGCGGCUGCGUUACUUGUUUGCUGCUGUCUCACGUUGAGGUGCGAAUGUGCUACGAAGAAGGAUGAGGAGACGGGCGUGGCAGGUAGCGGCAGGAUGUGGCGCUCUAGGGACAGCAGUCAAGUUGAGGUGGGAUCAUCAAUGUAUGCUCAGCACGCGGGCCCGACUUUACUCCCUCCGCCGCCGGGAUUUCGCAGUAACAGCGCCAGCAGCGUGCUUUCCAGUCUAGGAUCUGGGAGCAGCCUGGCGCUGCCAGCCAGGACCGAGGCGGCAUCAACGUGCGGUGCCGAGAGCACGGAGGAUGGCGCAUACACUGCCCACCACCCGGUCAACACCGCCCUGGGGCACGGAAGGGUUUUUGGGGGCCGGACCCCGAGCCUGAGUAACAUGUUCCCGCCCGUCACCACCCGGUCCUUGGCAGCGCACUCCAGAGUGUUGCUGGAAGCAGACGGAACAUGUAGGACACAAUUGGCUUCCUGCGCAUGUGCAGAACCGAACUAUUGCCGUUGUGGAUGGGAGCCAGUGGCGGUCUGCCACCGCGUUAACUGUAGUAACCCUUUCUUAAUGUCACGGGUUUCCCUGGUGUCCGACGAGGGAACCGAAUACACAGUUUGAACUCGGACUAAGACGUCUGUGUUUAUCAACUUUCUGUUGAGUCGAAAAAGAAAUCUUACAAAGUAAUUUCGUGUGCUACACCCCGUACGCGCCGUACCAAAGAUGAACGACCAACACGAUUCACAAACUCUCUUGCCAGAACAAUAUUCCUGUUGGCGUAUUAAACUGGACACACUUGCGUAAGGUUUUACCGAUUCAGAAAGUCUUAUGAUCAUAUUGUGAUAUUAUUGUACAGUUUCUAUAAGCGUUUUGACAUAAUAUAAAUAAAAUGUAAGCACCACUGUUAUCGUGUACGUCUUGUACUGUAGCAUUAAGAUUCAGACCAUGAGGGCUUAUCUCGAUUAAAGUCGCGAUUAUUUCGUAGCAUGCUUUAUGUAUGCUUUACGUACGGCAAGGUUUUCGCAGAAAUGAUCCGAUUAUACAGAAGCGCUUUCUUAUUUUGUUUUCUGGUGUUCUCCCUGAGGGUAUCCUUUGCUGUCCUUCGCCAUGAAUAGCCUGAAAUUCCAUAAUAUCGGUAUAUUAUCGAACUCAUUAACUUAACUUAUUAUUACUCGGGGGAAGUCCCCAUGUUAAAGGUGACUAAACUAGGCUGUUCAGCACCUACAGAGGUACAAAUUAACAGGAGGUUUUAGCAUUUGGCCGAAAAUUUUUUUGUAAUUACGUAGUUAGAAAAAAUUGGAUCCCCAUGGGAUCAACUGUGCUCUACGUCGGGUUAACUCAUGAACAAAGUUUUACGAUCGUAUAUAAACGUUUUGCAGAGGAAAAUACAAUUUGUCUCUUUUAAAUUUGUUAUUCUAUCAAAUAAUUCAUUAGAACCUGACAUUUCAUAUAAAAGAAAAAUGGUAACGUUUUGAUGAAUUACAUCAUAAUUUGUUUCAGUCAUAACUGAAAGUAGCUCAUAUUUUGUGUUUUGCACCAUGAACACCGACACAGGAUCAUGGAUAUCACGUUUGGGGACGAGCAGUUUGUUCUCACAGAAACCAAAGGCGGCUCCAAAACGAUAUUGUCCGGUGAGGGUAUCUCGGAUGCCGUAAAAACAACGGUCAGUUUCUUGUUCUAAUCUUGUAAGUCCCUCUGGAUGAUGAAGCCAAAUUUAGGGCAUUUUCUUCUUACAUUCUUUGAGUAGGUAUAGAUAUGAAACAAGUUCCCCAAAUCGGUCGUCUCUCAUUGUCGAGGUCGAUUUUAGCCCCCCCCGCCCCAUGACAGUAACAAGAAACCACGUUGUAUUGGGGAUAAUUUUUACGGGGGCGUACGCGUUGUAUUAGUAUCGAUGUAUCAACUUGAAAAGAAGAGAGAGAAAGAAGAAAAAACAGGAUGAGCUUUGUUUUCUUUAAAUAAAUGUCAAACAUCAUUAG